AUGACAUUGACUAUUCGUCGAAUGAAAAAUGAUGAUUUAAACAUUGUAACGGAAAUAGAAAAAGUCGUGUGGCCUGAUGAUCCGUGGACACAUGAAGAUUUUAUUGAUUCGAAUAAUCCUUGGUGCUAUUGUUGGGUACUUGAAGAGAAAAAUGAAUUAAUUGGCUACUCGAUGCAGUAUUUUGACUCAGAUAUGACAUCUCAUAUUGCUAACAUUUGCAUCAAACCUGAAAGACAAAGACAAGGUUUAGGCAAAAUUAUGCUCAAUCAUUUAAUAUAUAUAGCACGAUUAUUAAAAGCAAUAUCAAUAUCCCUAGAAGUGAAUGCAACAAAUUCUAAAGCGUUGCACUUAUAUAAAGCAUUUGGUUUUGAAAUAAUUGAUUUUUUAAAAGAUUACUAUCCGACUGGCGACGCUUAUAAAAUGAAAUUACAUUUGUUAACUAAUCGAUGUGAUGUUUAA